CGCGGCCGGGGUUGCUGCUGCCGGCUCCUCUGCUGCGCGGUGGUCACCGCAGUCGUGCUGGCGGUGCUCGCCGCGGCGGCCGUCGGCGCGCUGUACCUAGCGCUCGACCCCAAGGCGCCGCGGUACUCGGUGGACCGCCUCUCCGUGUCUGCGUUCCAGGUCGACCCGUCGACGGUGACGGCGCGGGCGAGGUUCGACGUGACGGUGACGGUGGCGAACCCGAACUCCCGGAUCGGCAUCCAGUACGAGCCGGGGUCCAGCCUCGGGGUGUGGUACCAGUCGUACCGCCUGGAGCGCGGCGCGCUGCCGGCGUUCUACCAGGGCCACCGCAACACCACGGUGCUGCCGCCGGCGCUGGCCGGGGAGGUGCAGCUGGCCACCGCCGUCGUGUCCGGUUUGCAGGACGCGCAGCGGACGGGUGCCGCGCCGCUCGUGUUCCGCGCCGACGUCCCCGUGCGCGUCGAGGUCGGCAGCUUCAAGGGCAGGGAGAAGUCCAGUCAAAGUUAGUUGAUGAAGUGGACCUACUUUUCUUAAUUUACCAAGCCUAAAUAGCAAACCACUGGAGAUACUAAGAAUUUACACUUGCUAUAUGUUUUAGUCACUUGCCAAAUCAUAAGAUUUGUUAAAUGAUUUUUAGCAAACCACUGGAGAUACUCUAAC